UUGAAAAAUUGAGUGGAAACGUCAGCUCUGGAUUUAUGGAAGUUCAAGUGAGAAGACCUUUAAAUGCUCCAGAAAGGCUUCCUAUAGCCAAUGACACGACAUCAGUUAUUUUUGCUUGGAAUCCAAAUUCCAAUGCAUUAUCAUAUCAUGGAGGAAAUCGUGGCAAAGCAAAGAUCAAUUUCUUUCAAGCUGGCAUUUCAACUUCAUCGGAAGGUAAUAGAAUCGCGUUGUUAUUGCACGGAAUAUGGAUGUUCACGACUUGGAGUGUUAUAUUUCCAAUAUCAAUUAUAGUUGUUCGUUAUAUGAAGCAUAACGUUUUUCACUUAAAACAACAUAAAAAUCUUCAAAUCAUUGGAGGUGUUGGAGUAUUUACCUUUGGUACUGCGGCUGUGGCAGUUUCCCACGAGCAAAGUAGAACACCACAUAAAUUCGUUGGAAUACUCUUAUAUUCGGGAAUAUUUUUCCAACUUGGAUUGGGAUUAUUAUCACUUUGGGCACGAAGUUCUCUUGUAUCAUCAAAUCAUGGUAUAUUUAAAUCGAUUAAGGCUACUCAUUUUUUUAUAGGAGUUGCAUUGAUGUUGGGUGCAGCUUUUAACGUGUGGCUUGGAAUUGAUGCAUAUGGUCAAUCGGAACUUUGGAGUAAUUUGUAUCUUGGAUGGGUCGGCAUAUUAUGUGUAUUGUUUAUUGGAUUGGAAUGUUGGUAUAUGUACAAAAAUAAAGAGAAAUGUUUUGCUCCAACUGAGGAUGGAAGUAACGUAAAAAGGAUUAUUAAACAUAUCGAUAAUAAAAAAUAUGAAGGCUUGCCGGAAAUCUCAUGGAAUGAAAUAUAUCAGAGAGUUUUACAAGGGGCAAAAUUGGUAGUAGCAGAAGAACUUGUAUUUGACAUAAGGAGAUGGAUUGAUGUACAUCCAGGAGGAGCAAAAGUAUUAAAGCAUGUGAUCGGAACAGAUAUUUCAAAUGAUUUUUUCGGAAAUAAGCAAGAUGGAGAAAGUGAAUUGUUUUCACAAGGGCCCUCACUAUCAAAAGGCGGAAUAGUGAAUUUUUUUGAAAGAUUAAAUAGAAAAUGCAUUAAAAGUAGUCCAGGACAUCAUCAUUCAAGGUUUGCUACAGAAACAUUAGCCAAUAUGGUAGUAGGAAAAAUGCAAGUCAAAAUUGAUAAAAUAGAUGAAUUUAAAAGACAUACUAUUUAUGACAUAAUACCCGUUACGAAAAACGAUACUGUUUUAAAAUUUAUUUUUAAUGAUCCAAAAGAAAGAUUUCAAAACUUUUUACCAGGGGAUUAUUUACAAAUUUUAAGUCAUACACAAGGACAAACUGUAGUUCGACCUUACACUAUACUUAAAGAGAAAGAGAAUCGUUUUUCGAUUAUCGUAAAAAUUUACAAAAAUGGGGUUAUGACACAACAUUUGAAACGCCUAUUAAUAGGAUUUGCGGUUAAAAUUCGUGGACCAAUCAAUAUUAAUGAACGAAUCGGAGUCAGUCGAAGUGUAAAAUCGUUAUCAAUGUCUUCAAUUCUAUCUACGCCAGUAAUAGCUGAUAAAGCUUUAUUGAACCCUAAUUCAGAUGAUGGAUGUUGGGAUAUCUUAUUCAUGAUAUGUAGAGGAACCGGUAUAACUCCCAUGUUACAAUUGAUUGAAUAUCAUCUUGAAAAACUAAAUGAUAAACAAAAUAAUACUCAAUUAUUCUUGUUAUUUUCAAAUGAAACGGAAUUGGACAUUAUAUUAGAACCGGAUGAACGUUUAAAACAAAAGAAGGUAGAAGAUCUAGAGGAAUUAGAAAAUCGAAGUAAUGGUAAAUUAAAGAUAACACGUAUAUUAUCAAACAAGUUGGACAAAUUAGGAGAUCUUAGUCAUGAUGUAAUAUUUAGUUGGUUAUCAAAAAAUUACACACCAAAUAAUAAUGGGGAAAUUAUAUCAAUACCAUCCUCAAUUACACAUGGACAUACAUCUUAUUCAUCAAGUUCAAGCAUAUUAAAGAAAGAGUUACCCAUACAAGAACAACAACAAAUAAUUUAUGAACCAACAAAAUAUGUUGAAACUUUAAGUUGUGAUCCAGUUGCACUUAGAGUAUUUGUUUGCGGUCCUUCUUUAAUGAUGUCAGCAGUUAAUGAAGCAUUUAGUAAAAUGAUGUUUCCUGAAGAAAAAAUUAUAACUAUAGACUAAAAAAAUAUGUAAAAAUAUGUAUAGUAUACAUGUAUUACUUAUUAAUAGUUAAUAAUCAUUUAUCACUCACAACACCAUGUGACAAAGUCUGAAAUAAUAUCACGU